CCAUGGAAACCUGCUCAUAAAGUGUGAUGCAAGUAGGCAUACACCAUGUGGGAUUCUGAAUAAACUGCUAUGAAAGCGAGCUUGGAGUCCCUUCCUAUUAGCAUUUUCUGUAAAGUCACUGCAGCAAAUGUUUUGUCAAAUUCUGGCAUAUCUAGGUAGGUGUACGUGUAUACGUUAUGGAGGCCGAGGCCAAAAGAGAGGGCCGGCUGACCCUGGCUUCGCAGUAGUGUGGGCGCAUUGGAUCUUAUCGUCGCCAACUGCCCGGUUCACUAGCCAAUCGAGCACGGCGUAUUAUGCUUUCACUUGUUUUUAGAAGCUAUAGCGGGUUACUAAAAGACAUGGCUUGUAACUACCUACCUACCUAGUCGGCAAAUUAAUUUCCCAUCGGCCUAGAGCUCCCCACGACCAUGUAUAGGUUCAAAGCCGGCCUCAAGUACCCGCUCCGACGUCUCGUAGUAACCGGCACGGACACGCCCGAGAACUUUAGCCUGCUUUUCGGGUCGCAGCAAAUUCCCGACGGCCAUGCAGAAACCCGCAAGGAGGUGUUCAUGGCGGCAGAGACGCCAGCAGGGUCGCCGAUGGCUGCAAUGGGCGGCUUUUAUGACCAGGGAUGUCCCAGGUGGUCGCCGCGGCCGGCGAGCGAGGAGGAGGAAAAGGAGAUCCAGAAGCAAGUCGAGUUCAGCCGUACGUUCUCGUCGUUCUUGAGGCCGCCAUAAAAUGUCAAGGCGGUGGGUUGGACGGCUUUAGCUAUAGUUGAAACUACGGUGGGAUAGCAGCAGAAUGAACACUC